CUAUAGACUGUCAUCUCCCUCCAGCCAGAGCUCAGUAUAGAGCCGGGGAUGCCUGUGUGAUGUGCCUGCUCUACCCAUCCCCUGCCACCCUCACCCUACCCACCAUGACUGAUCCUCUGUGGAAUUAUAUGGAAACAUCUUAAUGGAAGCGAUGUCACCGCAACAGGACAAUGUAGGACAGCAGGCUCGAUCUUCAUCCUUGACAGGGGAGCCCAAAUUAUCCGGGAUCGCAGAAAGCAAAAAGAAAAUGAAGAGCUUGGCACAAAGGCGCCAAUCUGCACCAUCUCUUGUAAUAAGUAAAGCGCUGAACAAAUCAAGAACCAUAAACAAGGAUGGCUGUUUCUCACCUGUCAGUCCUGAAUCAUGCCCUCUUGUCCAAGCAUUCAUCUGCCCAAGUCGAAACUUCAUAACACACAGCCACGUUCAGCUGAAGACGGGCCUACAGACCCAGGACCGCCACCUCUUCCUCUUCACUGACAUCCUUAUCAUCGCAAAGUCAAAAUCCCCAUCCCACUAUAAACUGAAGCACCAUGUACGAGUCAGUGAGAUGUGGACAGCAUCAUGCAUGGAGGAAGUCUGUGAAGGCAGCACAUACCCAGAGAGGUCAUUCGUUAUUGGCUGGCCAAUCACCAACUGCGUUGCCACCUUCAGUACUCCAGAGGAGAAAGAAAAAUGGUUUAUACUUUUUGAAAGAAACAUCAAGGAAGAAAAAGAAAGCGACCACCCAAAAACCAUUCCUCUAAAGAUUAUUACAAAGGAUAUCGGGAACUGUGCCUAUUCAAAAACACUGACUGUUACCAAUGAAGACACAGUGGCUGAUAUCAUUAAAAUGGCUUUACAGCAGUUUGGUGUAGAGGGCUCAGAUACAGAUUACCAGCUGUGGGUCACCUCGGGCAAAGAUGAUGCUCCUUAUCCUCUUAUUGGGCAUGAAUACCCAUUCUCAAUAAAAAUGAGCCAUAUUCGUGACGCACUGCCACAACUCCAGGCAGGGAAGGAGCCUACCUGUCCCUUAAAUCUGGAGGAGCCCUUCCUUAUGGAACAGUUUCCUCGGGAGAUGCAAUGUCAGUUCAUACUGAAGCCCAGCCGUAUGGCUAUAUGCCAUCCGCUAACUGAUUCCAGCCAGAAGCCAUUUAAAAGGAAGAGGUCUCUCAUAAACUGGACCUUUUGGCGUGGUUCUAACACUCAUCUGGACAACAUCCCGCUCUCUCCAACCUCCUCAACUCCUGGAAAGCUGUUUGGACUGUCAUUGCCAGCCAUAUGUGAGAAUGACAACCUGCCCAAAGCCAUAAUGGAUAUGCUCUCUGUGCUUUGCCAAGAUGGACCAUUCACAAGAGGCAUCUUCAGGCGUUCAGCAAAUGCAAAAUCCUGUAAGGAAAUGAAGGAGAGGCUCAAUGCAGGAUUCCAUGUUGACUUUGCUUGUGAAUCUAUCUUUGUCACCGCUUCAGUGCUGAAGGACUUUCUGCGCAACAUCCCUGGCAGUGUCUUCUCAUCCAAACUUUAUGAUAAAUGGGUUUCUGUCAUGGACCACGGAAGUUCCGCUGAAAGAAUAAAGGCUGUUAAGAAGUUGUUGGAGAAGCUUCCCCAAAUAAAUGUCACUUUACUACACUACCUGUUUGGGGUUCUGCAUUGCAUUGAGCAACGUUCUGACACCAACCAAAUGACAGCCUUCAAUCUGGCAGUGUGUAUUGCUCCUAGCCUGCUUUGGCUACCAAACCUUUCUAGUCCAGAAGCAGAAGGCGAGUUCACAAGAAAGGUGUCGGUACUUGUACAAUUUCUAAUUGAAAACUAUUGUACGAUAUUUGGGGAGGACCUUUCAUUAUUGUAUGCCACCUUGUCAGCAAAGGACGACAAUAGAGAGGACAGUUCAGAUCUUUGUUCUUUUAAACAUAUUGACUCUUCAUAUGACAGCCUGGAGAAUGAACUUAAUGAUGAUGGAGAUUCCCCAUACAGUAACUUACCUACAAAGAUGAGUCAUGAAAACCGCAGCAGAGACUCUGUUUUGACUCUAAGUGACUGUGAUAUGGACCAGGCCUACCAUGAAGAGACGCGGACCUAUGGUUGUUCUAAGACCUCACCCCUGAAGAUGUCAGCAGUUUCUCAUCAUCGAUCAGUGUUACAUGAGCAAUCUGAGAAUGAAUCUCUGUGCUCAAACACUUCAGGAUAUUCCUCCACAACAGAUGUGAGGAGACAUCGGCGAUGCUCAGAACCGGCCAUUGGAAUCCUGGCAUCCAGGUUCAGCCAGCUUAAUGAAUCUCCACAGGAGAAUAACUCUAGUUGUGAUGCACUUCUCUCCCAGUCAGCAGAUGAUUAUCUUAAACAGCAUCGCUAUUUGCAGGUUGAAGGGCAGAAACUUAUUAAUCGCAGCGUAACUUUAGGUAUUGAUGUUUCCAAAGCUAACAGUAAAAAACAGACAAAUGACAAAAAGAGCACUCCUAAUAGACUUCUGCCAUCUAGUGCACUGAGGCUACACAUUUGCUCUCAGACUAGUUGCUCCAGCUUGUCUUCUCCGGGAACAUCUCCAUCAGGAUCUUCACUGAGUUCCUUGGACAGUGCUUUUUCCCAUUUCUCUGAUUAUGUGCUGGUGAAUCCAAAUGAAGUGCCUUCAAACUUUGACUGUACUAUAAGGCAACACACAAAACUACUGGAACUCAGUCCAGACUUCCUGAGUAUUAACUCCUUAUCAAUGGUUGAUCGUGAUACGCAGCCUUACGACAGUUCUGUUCUUUCUCCUGGAAAAAGUGAAACCGAGUGGCCAAGCCACAAAAGUUCCAUUAGCACUCAACCAAUUACGUGGUUAAAAAAUGGCAAAUCUGGUGUUAAGAGCUCCAAAAAAAAGGACAAAUCAGUGACACAAGUGGACUGCUGUAAAACAGAUGGAAAUCAUACCACUAAAGGACUAACUAAAUCUGAAAUUUCAGAAUGUUACUUCUUCGUUGAACAAGAAUCUGUGCCAAAUUUAGACUGUGAAACAAAGAACCGAAUCAUAGUACAAAGGCCAAAAGAGGAUGGCCCUCUAAGUUGUACUGCAAGGUUUCAGGAGGAAACAAGUAGCCAGAAACAAAAACCUCAUAUAGCAGAGAGAUGCUUGACAGACAAGAAAGGAAACGGUGAAAAGGAUGAGGAAUGCAGCAAAUUAUUUUUCCCAUCUCCCAUAUCCAUAAACAUUGAGUUAUCGCCAAACAGCCAAGAUAGCACACCAAUGCCACAAACUGUUUUCUUUGGUCAAAAUAUUGCACUGUUAGGCCGGAGAAACCGAAGAAAAUCUACAAACUCCAUUCUAGAGGAGCCUGUGCUUCUCAAUUCAAACCUGAAGUCUUCUAGUGAACAUUCUGUCCACCAGGCGGAGGAUAAGUCAUCUUGCUCAAAAGAAGAGAUUGCCAAAACAUCACUUGGUAGGGACAUCAGCCUUCUUGUCACUGGCUUCAAGAAGAAUAAAGUGUUACCUGCUAAUGUGGACACUGGAGCCAAAAUUGCCAACUGUGACUUGGUGAAAAACUUUUGUGUAUCUCCAAAACUGAGCACCAGUACAGGAGACCUAAUCCUGCAGCCAGAUCUACCUAAGCCUGUAAAAGGCACAGAAGACUAUGACAAUGCCAUAAAACAAAACAGCCGGGACUGGUCUGCAAAACGCUGCAGCGACCCCAAGUUUGAAGAGAUAGACCAAAGAUUUUUCACUGAGGAGUCCUAUGUGUGAAGACAGAUCAAUAAAACAGGUGUUUUUAGAGGACCUUGUUUUUUCGAACUUACAAAUUAGCUUUGUUUUUGGAAGAGUCACUUUUGCGUGUAAUUUAUGCGAACGAAUGUAGUGUGCUUUUUAAGGAGAAUUAGACAGUAUUUUUUAUGUUUUUCGGGGGGGGGGGGGGCAGUAAAUGUUUUGACAUAAGAGAAAAUGUUGACUUAAGGGUCAUUCUUGAGAGCAUUAAUUAUUCCACUAACCUACAUAUUAGUAUGCCUGUGUACAGCUAGAAAAUAUUUUCUGAAGCAUUUCAACAGGGGGUUGUUAAUGUAACUUUGUCUUAAAGUGGAUGUAAACCCUCCAUACACCCAGUGACGUGAACAGCCUCAGAUGAUACACAGAGAUUAACCAAAUCUUCCUACAUAGAUUUUAGGCCCCUUUCACAUGUAUGGAUUCCGUGAGGAUCUGUAGAUGUGUAUCCGCUUGCUCAGCGGGGAUCGCUCCAUUGAUCCCCGCUGAGUCGGCGGAUGACAGGGCGGUCCCCG